AUGUAUUGCAGCAACCUUAAUGGCCAUUUGUUCCCUCGCUGAUGACAAUUACAUACAGUAGCCCAGAAUUAAAAUUUUGAUUGAUCAUUAAGUCCUUCAUUUCCUAAAUGCUGUAUAUAACAACAGAUCCGCUAAGUCUGGCAAGAGGUGAGACUGCUGUGUCAUGUAUGACGUCUAUUAAAAGCCAUGCGUGAGUGAUUCCCCCAUCUCCUUGCAUCCCUUCCUUGUUUCUUUCACGUUUUUUCGGAGGGAGGGACUAGGACAUAACGAAAAGAAGGAAGGGAGGAUUGACAAAUAAGGAAUUGAAAUGUAUCCUAUAUGUCUACGGUGACAACAGGGCUUACGUCAGAUCCUCACGCCAGAGGCGUAAAGAGUACUGUAAAGGGUUGUGGGUUUUAGCAUGUCAGUUUUGCAAGCUAUCUAGCUAGAUCGCUUUGUAGACGUCUGCUCAGAGUCUUCAUUGUGUAACGUCAUAGCAUUUGUCAUCAGUGCGCAAAUCACUUUUGUUUUGCUUUUCAGUGUGUUUUUUGUAAUACAACUUGUGUCGGGUAUAUAAGCCGAGUAGCUAGCUUUGGUUGGCUAAUGUUCUCGAAUUAAAUGGGGUCGUAUGUCUUACGUUGUUUAUAGUUAAUGCAAGCAGUCAAGUUAACGUAACCGGUCUAGAUGGAAAAUGUUCUAAACAGUAUGACAGUCCUCACUGUAACCAAAGUAAACGUGACCGAGUCAACAAAGAUUAAUAUUAAAUCAUGAAAGAAGUUGGGUUGUGUGUAACGUUACUCAUGUACCUGGAGAAAGUCUAGCAGGCCUCAGAGUUUAAACAAUAACAUCCAUAUCUAGGCGGGCUAAGCAACAGCUGUAGCCUGAGCACGAGGCUCUAUCUCCGGUCCCUGAGACCAAUCGAACGCGCCGACUGAGGUAUGAGAAAUGGCCUUUAAGAGAUGACAUAUCCUAGCUAACAUAGCAUACCUGGCUGACUAGACAAGUAGCCGAACUGUUUUUGUAGCUCGGUGCAACGAAUGUGGGUAUAUUUAGUUAAAUUGGACUAUUGUGUAAUCAUGUCUUUUAGCGUUAAUGUACUUGGCGGAUAGCGUUACAGGGUUUUAACGUAUUUGUCGAUUCAUGAAGUUUGUACUGGACUGUUGGCGUUAGUUACAGGCUGACUUGUGUUUGACUUCAUGCUAACUUCUAUUCUGAAUUAUAUGGUGAGCAGGCUAAACUGACAACACAUUUUUAAAGGGCUGUUGACCACUUACGUCAUUCGGGCAAUGUUAUCAUUAGCACUUUGUUUGAUGCUUCGCUAGCUUUUUUUUUUUACCGAAACAAGCCAACGGUUUGUUAUGUGACAAAUUGUGCACGAUGAUUACAAGUAUGAGCCUAUUUGAUGCUAAAUGAUCAUCUGUAACCACGUUCCUUUUCUGCGUUGUCCAUAACAAUCAAUAUGCCCAUACUUUUCUGGCCUGUUCAUUAUGUUAUCGGUGUGUGUCAAGCUGUUGUAGGAAGCUGCUUAACUACACAGUUAUGAAGGUGCAAGCUGACACAAGUCAGGCAGAAUCUGGUAGCUUUUCAGAUGUAUCCUCAAGCCACACGGUCUACCAAAAAGAUAUGGCCGAGAAGAUCGACUGUCCUAGACGCCUUGUUUUUCACAGUUCCAACAUAAGCUAUCAACUUCCCAAUGGGAGCUCAGCUUCAGGCACGAUGGUGAAUAACACAGCUCACAGUAAAUGGAAUGACUUGGAUAUUAGGGAUGAACUGACAGUAGACUCAGAGGACAGCGGGUCUUUGUCUGAGGUUUGCCCAUCGAAUGCAUCCAGAAAUGAUGACUUAAGUUACGAAGUGCAACAAGCCUACAGAAUAUUCCAUGAUUUCCUCUUGGAGAAACACAAGGCCCUUACAGCUCCCUUUUGGAACCCAGUAGGUGUACAGGAAUACUCACUUGCAGACUCUGCGCAACAAGGAAUGUGUCUCAGGAGAAUAGAUGAAAAGUUUGUGAACCGGGAAUAUGACAAUAUCACAGACUUUGUGGCUGACUUCAGGCUGAUACUUGAGAACUGUUACAGGUUCCAUGGGGUUGACCACUGGAUUUCCAGACAAGCACAGAAAGUGGAGAUAAUUCUCGAACAAAAACUUACUCUGCUGUCAAGGGUCCUCCGGGGGAAAACGAGUCUGACAAUAACAUCUAAAGGCCGAUUUGGCACGGAGGAUGAGAAGGGACAGGUGGGCUCAUCCACCAGGCGAAGAUCUGCACCUCGUAGCUUGGCCUCCAUAACACUGGGAGGCAGUGAGUCCAUCAUGGUGCAGGUUCUUCGUUUAGAGGAGCAACAGAGAGCUAAAGAAGAGAAGAGGCAACGAGAGCAGGAGAAGAAGGAGGCUGAGGAGGCAUCAGCGAAGGAGGUGGUGGAGUGGGAGCUACAUCUUCUAUCUCAGGCGGCUCCGUGGCCUCUUGAUACCCUGUGGGAGCUUCCUGCUAUCGGCCACUUUCUUUGCCUGGCCCAGACGGCCCUCAACCUGCCUGAAAUAAUCUUCUUUGAGUUGGAGCGCUGCCUGCUCAUGCCACGCUGCAGCUCUUUCUUGGCCAAGAUCAUGACCUCACUGCUUUGCCAGCCCUACCGUAGGUCCACUCUGCAGCGCAGGCCCCCCCUCACUUAUCGCCGCUGGGAGGCUGAGUUGCGUCAGCAAGUACUGGGCUGGUACGACUAUAUUGGCCAGGCAGAGAACCAGGUCGCCUGUGCUGAGCAGUUGGGACUCUGCAACCAGUUCUUCCAGAUACUUGGAGAGACGAGUCCCUUAGAGGAAGCAGCCUUCCACCUGCUGCCAUUCAACCAGCGUGUGUGGCUCUUGAAGGGACUCUGUGACAAUACCUACCAAACGCAGAAGGAGGUACAGGAUGCUGUGUUGGGACAACCCAUUCACGAGUGCCGGGAGUCCAUCCUUGGAUACGACAGCCAUGAGAAUGUCUAUAUUCACUUUCCACACUUCUGCGGAGCUGACCUGCGGAUCUACUGCCAGAGCCCCUGCAGCGCUCCUGAUGGGCCCCUGUCCCCCAUCUGUGUGAGGAAGGUAGACAGUAACAGACCAGUCAAGUCAUCUUUGGGAUCUAGUGACAUUAUGGUAAGCACUGCGUCUGAAGAAAAGUGUGACUAUGAAAAGCACAGAGGAGAUUGCUUCCGAGAAGGGGGAAAGGAGAGAAGAGCUAGCCUAGAUAAAGUUAAUGGUGUGGGAGAAUGCAGGGGUGAGGUUGAGCAUAAGAGACACAGUGCCUUCCUGAUUAGCUGCAGAACAGACACGUGCAGCUCUUGGGCUGCCGAGGAGGAGCAAGAGGGUGUGGAGAAGAGAGUGCAGCUGAAACAGGAUGUGGAGCCCUCUUCUAAAGGUGAGCCGUGGCUCCUGAUGGGAAACCACUGCUUUACAGGAAAGUCAUCACCAAACCUCUCAGCCACUAAGUUCCAGGAUGGGUUAUUAAAAGCUGAAGAAGUGUGUUCUCGGGCAAACUUACUCCAAGUGAGAGGCCAGGGCCCUUGCCCUGAAAGUUCCAGAGCUGCUGGGGCAAAGUCAGAGCAUACCUCCUACAGUUGUUGUAAGAUCCAGCUUGAUCCCCUAACCUCCAGGCCUCACCAGCAGGCAACCCAGCAGCAAAUACACACACAAAAAAAAAGAAAGAAAAAGACAAUCAAGGAACUGGGGACCAAAGAGCUUCAAGACAAAGCAGGUUCAGUGAGGAUCAGACAGGUCAUAGCAGCCAAGAGCACUCUGCGAAAAGCAGCCUCUACUAUUAAGAAGAAGGACAAGAGGAAAAAAAGAAAGCUAGGUGGUCUAGUUACACCAAAAAUGGAUGGAAAAGUGGAAUUCUCCCUCAUGAUGGAACGUUGCAUUUGCUUUUUAAAACCAGGCCUGUUAUGUUGUGAAAUAAAAGUCUUUCUGUCUAACUUGUUAGAUUUCUCCAGCGGCAUGGUUAAAAUAGCAAUGUUAACCCAUUUGGAUGGGUUAGGGAAGAAAGUAGAACGCAGAAACAUGGCAGGAAAGAAGAAGAAAGAGGUUCUGUCUCUGCCACUUGAGCCCACAUUUAAGUUGGUGUGCACCAGUCUGCAGGAGCUGAGGGAACUCAUCAGUAAGACGGAAGAUGAGAUGGAUGAGCUGGAAAGCACCAAAAAGAAAUCUGGGAGGUGGCAUUACAGAAGAGAGGCUGUGAAAGAAUUACACAUCACCCUUAUUAGACUUCUAAAUGAACUGUCUCCCUGGGAACCCAAACUCAUCAGAGCCUUUCAGAAGAACAGGGCACGAUUGAAGAAGGACAAUGAUGAUUUCAGGAAACAUCCCGACUAUGAUGAUUUUGUUCGAGAGGAGUUGCAGGUGGAAGAAGAGAUCAGGCCAACCAAAUUCCUAAACUCACCAGUUGGUCUUCCUAAGGGGAUUGAAGAGAAUGACAGAGAGAAGAAUCUUGGGGAAAUAGUAGUUGAUGGUUCACAACUACUUGAGGCAGAAACUAUGGGGAGCAUCUGUGCUGUCAGACAGGAUCCCCUCACUCUCACCAAGUACCAAACAUCCAUACGCAGCUCUGAGCAUCAAAGCGAAGACGACCAGAAUCAAAACAAGAUCAAGGUGAGCACUGAAGACUCUGCAGUCCUUUGCAACAAGAUGGAAGACUGGUCCAAAAAUGAAAAUUCAACCACACCCAACCAGCAGUUCUCUGACACAAACCCUGCUUUGAGCAUACCAGUGGCAGGUGUCCAUAGAAAUUACACACCAAUCCAAGCAUUGCUAGCAAAGAGUGUGGGAAACAAAGUGACCUUAAUUAGGCAAACUCCAGCAAAGGCUGUACAUCAUAUGCACCAGAUUGAAAGCAAGGUUUUCCCCCUUGCACAGGUAAAUAAACUCACACAAAACCCUCAAAUUGAACUUCCCAAAUCAGCUCCAUCUAUCAGGCUACCUAUCACAUCUACAUCGGCACCUGUUCCAAAAAGCCCAUUGCAGAUGGUAUACAAGGUACCAGGGGGGUUGGGUCUCAUCAGAAGGGAUGGCAGCCCACUGAAGUUCACAGUUCAACCAGGGAUAGAGCAGGUGAAUGGAGGAAAAAUAAUGCAGAAGGUAGUUAUCUUGCCUGCAAAUAUGCUCAUCCAAAAAUCAGAAGACUGUAAUUCUGGAGAACGAGGGGGAAACCCUGGUGGUAAAACAUCCUUCAGCAGCACUCCUGGACUCAGUGUACCCGUUCAGCAUGUCGCUCCACUUCAAGACUCCCACGUUGAGCAGGUGGCCUCCCCAUUAGGCUCUUUGAAUGUGCAUAGUUCACCUACACUGUCCUUCAAGGGGAACAAACCCCUUAAAGUUGCAGCUCCUGAGCUCAAUUCAAAUAGGUCCAGUUUGGGUUCCAGUGCAGAUCCGAGGCCCAGUGAAUCUGGUGAUGCCAGGCAAGAGCUGAAGACUGUGUGCAUCAGAGACUCGCAGUCUAUCCUCGUCACAACCAGAGGGGGAAAUACUGGCGUUGUUAAAGUUCAGACGUCUGACACAGCUGGCACGUUGUCUGCUAAUCCUGUUUUCACUCUUUCCCCACAAUUCCAAGCUCUUUUAGUAUCCUCGUCAUCUGUGGCCGUCCGCUCGUCAGCAGAACCUGUGACGACUAAGACAAUAUCUAAGCCCUCCACCGUAAAUAUCACUUCCUCAUGCAUAGGAAAGCCAGCUAACACCUUUGGUAGUUCUUCUAGCAUAACUACUCAGAGUGUAGUCACUAGCAAAUGCCUAUUACCUGUGAUUUCACAGGCCAGUGUAAAUCUAUUGGCAUCAGCUGUUACAGAUUUCCCACAGAUUCCCCAGAGCAAACGUGUACUCCAGGCUCCCCAGAAGAGGGCACAUCCAGAACACAGGCUUGCAGAUCAGGUUCCAUUUCAAAAGAUUUUCCUUGUCUCACCCUCAACAGGUGACUCAUCAAAGAACAUUACCCACUCCACCGUCACAUCAGUCGCACCAGGAUCAAGACUUAUGUUCAUUAGUCAGAAGUCUGUCUCCUCUCUCUCUACAGUUACCAUUCCCAAACAAACCGUGGCGGCAAAUGACAUUGAGGCCCCAACUUGUGGAUUGCAUACAAAAUUAUCUGCUGAUGCUUCAGCCCCUGGCAGCAAACUUGGACUACCUGAAGUAUAUGCCAAGAGUGUUCCAGUCUGUGUGUCCGGAGCAGGUGCAAGUUCAAGUAGGUUUGUGUUUGUUCAGAGUGCCACAAGCAGCAGUCCACCUUUGACGGCAAACGCUAAAAGAAAAGCUGAUACUGACCUCUUUGGAGCUCCUCCGCUUCUAUUAACUGCUGGACAUGCGCCACCAUCCGACCUCAGCUCCUCCAAGCUGAAUGACGCCUCCUCCUCAGUAGUCCCCAGUCUUUACAAGACAACAGUGCAGACUUCAAGUACUUUGACACCAGCUGUUGUUGCCCCACCACCCACAAGUAACCUGAACAUUAAAGACCAAGUUCUUUUGGGGGGACCACAUAUUCCUUCCCUUGUACCACACUCUCCUCUUAAAUCAUCAGCAGUAAUACCCCUCAGGGUUGUUCCCCCUCUAUCUGUGGGCAGGAACACUGUUGCCUCUCAAACCACCUCCAUCAGGCCGUCUGUUGAACCCAAAUCUUCAACUACUCCCAUGCCACAGAAAAUAGUGAUAAACACCAGUGCUCCUCUUGCCCCUGGCACCCAGAUCCUUAUCAACAAUGCAAGAUUUGUUGUGCCUGCCCAGGGCCUUGGACCUGGCAGCCAUGUUUUAUUGAUUUCUAGCCCUUUGUCUGCAGCAGAACCUCGACAGGGUGCUAAUCUCACUCCAGCACCUCCUCAAGGGGGGGUGAGUGCUGCAGUUUUGCCCUCAUUACAAGGACAUAGAGUUGUGACACCAAGAACCCAGCCCCCACAUGCAGUGCUUAAACUACCCGUACCCCAUGCUGUAAAGGUGGGCCAGCUGGGACCUAUGCCUGUUGCUCUUGGUCCACCAGGAACACCUGUGAGAGCACCAUUGCCAAGCAGCAGUUCUUGCACUGCACAGAUUUCACAUUUAUUAGGGGCAGCUGUGUCCGCAGGGAAACGGAAUAUGUCAAAUGUAUUUAAGUUUCCCCCUCUGUUGACUUCUGAAGAAAAAUGUUCAACUGCUACAUCUGUUGGAAUGAUGAGCGACAGUGUGACGCAGAUGUCCGCCGCACCCUCACAGAUACAGGGAAGCCCUCCUGCUGUAACCAAGCUAACCCCUUUGCAUGCAGCAUCUGUGAGCACAGCACCUAAAGCCCAACUGGUGUCCAUGGUGGCCCCAUUUGGGAGUGUAGCGACAACAGUUACUAUGCCUUUUGUAAGUAGCUCUGCAUCUAGAAUGCAGGCAAUGCCUGUUGCCACGGUACGGCCUAUUGGUAGCACCCUCAACAAUAGACAGACAACACCUAUCACAACUGUCUCUCCAUCAAGCAACACAAUCAUUAUGGGCCCAUGCCAACCUGUUAGUAAUGUCACACCAGAAUCCAUUGAUGGGGCUGUGGUUCUGGGAAACUCUUCACAGAAUAAAGGAAAGACUUCAUUCCAGAUAUCUGCUCCAUCAGUGCUAACAGGCCUGUCACACAGUAGACUUCUGCUCAGUCCAGAUGGAGCCAUUUUGAACCCCAUCAGAGAUCCUGCACUCGCUAGCAUACCUGCUGUGCCCACGGCAGCACAGGGGCAUGAGCCCCAGCACUCUAGGUGGUUUGGGACAGACAGCCUACACAGGACAUAGUAAAUCAGUUGAAAUGAUCACAACCCACCCAAGGAGGACCCAUCAGAUGAAAAGGAUUAUGGUUAACAUACCCGACCAACAAUAUUCCAACUUUGAUAAGCCAGUAAAAAUAAUCUCUUAGUGGAAUCCUCCAAACCCUCAAGUCCGACUGAGGAAGCAGCAACACAAAUGCCACUUCAAAGCAAGUACAUACAGACACAUUUAGGCAAACAGAUAUUUAACUGUUCAUUAUUUUACAAAGAAAAUGUACUCUGAUGCUUGAAAGAAUCAAAAGGCCAGUAACACGUUUAAUUGUGGUCAGGAAUAUUUUUUUAAUUUAGUUUAAUGCCAAGAAAUAGGGCUAUAUGUAAAGCAUAAAAAAACACUGUGAGGUUUAUUUCACAGGCCUAACACAGUCCUGAACAUCAUAAAUACUUCAUUCUCUGGAAGGCUUGGCAUCAUUGUUCUUAUGACCUUAAUUUGAGUGAACUUGGUGGUGUAUUUGUACUGAAAAUUAUUUCAUUUAUAUUUCAUUCAAGGCCAAUCUCUUUUCACAACAGAAUGACUGGAAGUACAGUAAACAAGCAUUUCUGAAAAUGGGGGUACAUGACUAUGUAAUAGUAUGUUUCUCAAAGUUUCAAGUCCCUAAAUGCUUUAGUCCAGUUAUUUAUUACAUUUUUUUCAAGUAUUGUGGCUAUUUUUGGACCACUUGCAUUAUUGCAGAUGUUGCUGCAUUGAAAUAAACAAUGCUUUGUACUCUAA